UAUUCAUGGUGUUCCUUGUCUAUCCCCCUUCGCGAACGACGGACAUGUUGCAGUGCUAAGUUAAUUUGGCUCUAUUUGAGCCUUUAUUUCGGGGGCAUAUGGACGAAAUUCGCAUUAUCUUUAUUUCAGGAACUUAGGACUCGUUAUAGAAGAUUAUAAGGAACAAAGGAACGGAUUCAAAUGAAUAUAGUGAUGUGACCUAAAGCACUGAUGCAAGAAACCCUUCCAAAUUACGCCAAAAUUAGUGCGUUUAGUGAUUUCAAAAAAAUUAAAGUGGAGUCGCUGCCCACUGUGCAGCAUGUAGUUACUUCGCUCCAGGUUGAUUCCCCCUUUCUGGCGACACCUGAAACUUUAUCACAAAACACAGGUAAUACUUGCAAGGCAAAUGAAAGCCUGUGCACUCACAAUGCAAACAGCAGUUUUAGCAUUGUGUCUGAUCAACAAGCAGAAUAUGACGCUUUGCUCUCCCAAAUUACGUCUUGCACCUCAUCAGCCAUCACUGACUCAGAAAAUAGUUUGGCCUCAGUGUUCGACCUUGCUUCUGUAGCAUCAGCUUCCUCUCAUAAAGGAUUGCAACAGCAGUAUCAACAAAGUCUUAAUUACCUUCCACAGCUUUCAAAACAAACAUCUCUUGCCUCAAGGGGACUAAAAAGAAAGGUAUCUGAAAGCGGAGGGACAGUUUUAAUUGGAGCUGCAAAACCAAUAAUUGCAGCUUCAAGUAACUUACAUAAAAAUAGUAAUCCUGUCUCAGUCACAAGUGGAGCAGUUGGGGUCUCAACUAACGGUGCCAGAUUGCACCACCACCACCACAACAACCCCAUGCAGCUGACAGAAGUGCACGCUAUUUCCAGUGAGGAUGAAAGCGGCACGGCCACGACCACAACAAACAAAAAGGCGGCAGCUAAUGCUAGUUCUGCUAAUUCUGAAGGAGACUACCAGCUAGUACAGCAUGAGGUCCUAUAUUCACAAAGUGCUGCCUAUGAGGUGCUUGAAUUUCUUGGUCGUGGUACUUUUGGUCAAGUAUGUAAGUGCUGGAAGCAUCAUUCAAAUGAAAUUUAUGCUAUCAAGAUACUCAAGAACCAUCCCUCUUAUGCUAGACAAGGACAAAUAGAGGUUGGUAUCUUGUCAAGAUUGGCCCAGGAGAGUGCUGAUGACUAUAAUUUUGUCCGGGCAUAUGAAUGCUUUCAACACAAGAACCAUACAUGUCUUGUGUUUGAAAUGCUCGAGCAAAAUCUUUAUGAUUUUCUUAAACAGAAUAAAUUUCAGCCUCUUCCACUGAAGUACAUACGACCAAUAACUUAUCAGGUACUUCAUGCAUUAGGCAAACUUAAGGAGCUUGGAUUAAUACAUGCUGAUCUCAAACCAGAAAAUAUCAUGCUUGUGGAUCCUGUGCGAUUUCCUUAUAGGGUUAAGGUGAUAGACUUUGGAUCAGCAAGUCAUGUUUCAAAAGCUGUAUGUUCAACGUAUCUACAGUCUCGGUAUUACAGAGCGCCAGAGAUCCUGCUAGGUCUCCCAUUCUGUGAGGCUAUAGACAUGUGGUCUUUAGGUUGUGUCAUUGCUGAGCUGUUCCUUGGUUGGCCACUUUACCCAGGCUCUUCAGAAUAUGAUCAGAUUCGCUACAUAUCACAAACUCAAGGAUUACCUGCCGAACACAUGCUGAGUGCAGCCACAAAAACAAACCGUUUCUUUGUUCGAGACAACAGCGAUGGCAGUUAUCCUUUCUGGAGGUUGAAGUCUCCUGAAGAGCAUGAAAUGGAAACAAAGAUCAAAUCAAAAGAAGCUAGAAAGUACAUCUUUAAUUGUUUGGAAGACAUUGGUCAGAUCAAUGUGCCAACUGAUAUGGAAGGAAGUGAGCUGAUUGUUGAGAAGCGUGAUCGUGCUGACUUUGUUGAGUUAUUAAAGAAGAUGCUGACUUUAGACCAAGAGCGCAGAAUAACACCCCGCGAAGCAAUAGUGCACAAGUUUGUCAGCCUAGAGACACUUAAGGAUUAUCCCCAUACACACAUCUACAAGUCAAGCUUAAAUGCAAUGGAUAUUGCUUACAAACGUCCCCACCGUAUGAUGGAGAAUUGCAGUAGUGUGAUGCACAGUGUGGUGCCUUCAUCUUCUGGAAACUUUACUUUAACUUUCAACAAUAAUCAGUUCAAUAAUCAGAUUAAUGCUUUACAUUCUCAGAUGACUUCUUCUAAUAGCCACAGUCAAAGUGCUACAGAACUUCAGUAUCUUCAGUACUCUCUUCCUUCUGGUCCUUAUCUUUCUUACCAAGCUACACCAGUGAGUCAGGGAUUGGAUCAAAGGGUAGCAGCUGCUGCUGCAGCAGCGGCAGCGCAGAGAUCUACAGCACAGUUUCCAAGAUCAGAGCACUUUAGACAGUCCCUUUGUAUGCCAUCCCUAGUUGUCCCUGCCACUUUGCCAGGCUUAAAUUCUCCAGUUCGAUCAAGUGCAGUCUCUAUGGUGACCCAGCCAGCGCCCACACUUCAGCUUCAGCCCCAACUCAUUAGUCAGACAUCCCAGCUGACCCCAGUCACCAUGGUGGAGACUGGUAGACCAGUCCUUAUGGCUAAUGGUAAUUGGGCCAGCUCUCGCCCUGUAGUCAUGGGACCUUGGCCUUCUUUAGCUCCAGCAACACAACGUAUAUCUCAUCUGCAGGAUGGCAUUCCCCCAGAGGCUUGGAGGCAGCCUAUCAUGGUGGGCACAGAUACCUUUGACACUACACCUGGUGUCUUACCAAUGAGUACAUCAAGCCAGCAAUGGAACAUUGGGAUGGUACCUACUUCAUACUCUUUAGCUGCCAGGCACACUACUGCACAGAGCAGUAAGAGACCCACAAGAUACAGACAACACAAAGAAAUACCAUCCACUCAGUUGUCUCCAGUCAAGAAACGAGUCAAAGAAAGCACCCCACCCUUGUCUUUACUGGACCAGCUGGGAUCUCAAGUGGCCCCUACAGAAGAAGCAUUGCUCCAGUUUGCUGACUUGUCUUCUUCCUCCUCAUCUGGCUCCUCACACCUCCGACAUACUCUGUCAUCUUACCCUCUUUUACCCACAACUGGACUAACAGCUUCCUCUCAUGAUCAUUUACCAAGACAUCCAUUUAUUUUGAUAAGAGACACACCCAGUCCUGUGCCCAGUGUUAUCACAAUAAGUUCAGAUAGCGACGAUGAUGGAGACGGUUUAAGGACUGGGCGGAGUUGCACCAACCGACAUCACAAACAUCAUCAUCAUCACAACAGGCAAUCUCAACAACAGGAAAUGCCUUCUGAUCGCUACCUUGCGCUGAGGAAUUUGCCUUGUGAUGAAAGUAAUCCUAGUCUUAGCGAGAAUCAAGCUUCCUUACCAAGAAGAAGUGGGCGCCAUGAAAAUGCCAUUAAAACAAGUCUUGGCUAUUUUCCAACAAGUUUUUCUGACUCUGCACUUGUACAGACUUUUGUUGACGAUAGUUAUUUGACAGUUGCUGAUGGUCAUGAGUCUGACAAUGACGAUGCCCUGACUACAAAUGCCCAUGGUCUGUUGCUGACAUCAGCUAAUACAUCCAACAGUCUGGCUGCGGGUAUAGCAGCUGCAGCCAUGCCCUAUCCUCCUACCAGCCCCAGCAGUCUUGGUGGCACUAGUAGCAAUAGUUCUAGACAUGUGCAACAGCAUUAUCACUUGCACCACCAGCAGCCUCAUGUCUUUAAUACUAACAAUAUAAAACAUGAGUUGAUUGAAAGAUUACCUGUCUCUCAUAGCAUCUUCACUCCUCAGUCUUUUGGUGGUGCAAGUAGUAGCAGUAGCAGCCUUCCUCACAUUCGUCUGUCGGAGGUCAGCUCAAGCUCUUUCUUGCCUCGCAGUAAUGUCAUGACAACAAGUGCUCACACUAGCAGCAAGCAACAUGCUAAAGUAAGCCCAUAUAUUCCUAAACAAGAAAUGCUUUCGGCCACUGACAGACAUCGAUGCCGCUCACCCAAAAUGGAGAAACUUACUCCAUUUGAACUUGAGUUAAGUUCAGCAGCAGCCCAGGGUAAGCUAGCUUAUGUCUCACCUACAGUCAGGGCCAUUCCCACUGCUGCUGCCAAGAUAGCUAUGAGUGUUGGUGGGGGAAGUCUUUCCAGUGGAGGUCAGGCCUUGAGUGCUGCAUCCCACUUAAGUGGUCGUGGUAAUAUGAGGCUUUGUGUCCAGCCAACUAGCAGUCAGCUCUCUCCUGUACAGUUAGGCCAGCCUGUGCUGCUGAAUACAGAUCUCAGUCACAGUGAUUACAGGCGUGUGGGCCCACUCCAUAGCUCUCCAUUACAUCAGUACUUACUCCCAGCUCAUCAGCAAAUGACUCUGCCCACUUCUGCUUCAAUAACACAGUUUGGUGCGUUCUCCCCAACUGUUGCACCGCCACCAGCUCACCAGUCACCUCGGCAGCUGCAUUACUCCUCUCAUCCAUUGCCUGCACAUAUGCAUCCUGUUCCAGUGCUUCACCCAUCCGGACUCACUCCCACCUAUCCAGCACAGAUCCACCCACAUUAUGCAGCCGCUGCAGCUGCUGCAGCUGCUACUGGUCCUGGCUACCUGGCUCCAGCAGCCCAGUCUGCAGCACCACAUGGAGUUUAUGCCACCUACCAAAUCAGCCCAGUCAAGACAAGACAGUUUCAAUAUUUUGCUUGAUAAUGUCAAUAGUUUGAUGGCCAUUUAGUUGUUUCCCUUUUACAUCAAAAUAUCUCUGUAGAUUUGUAUUAUCUCCACUAUUUCAUAUUGCUUAGGGUCUACUUUGUUUCGACAAACACAUUUACAUGCAUUUAAAUUGUAAAAUUGUUAGCUUCUUUUGAAAAAAAAAAUUUUGUUCGCUAGAAAUCAAAUAUUGAAGGAUUUUUUUUAAAUUUUGAAUUACUAUGUCAUUUUGUAGUUGUCUAAUACCAAAUUAUGAAUGCACUUAUCAUCAAGUGGUAUAUGUUUUUACACGUUAGACUGUUUUGGGCAUUUGGAUUGAAGAUUUAAUUUGUUUGAAAUGUUACAAGAUUUUGUUUUUACAUUUUUGGUGGUGGGUGUUGUAUUUUGUAUUCCUCUCUCUUUAUAUCUAUUUUCUAUAUAUAUUUAUAGAGUAAACCUGAUUGGUGGUUAAUUAGUAGUAUUAUUGUCAGCUUGCUACAUUUGUUCUAUUUAAUUGUUUUGACAUCUCUGUAAUAACCAAUAUAUGGUGGAGCUUCAGCUUGAUUUUGUUUGUGCUAUAACAAAGAGAACAAGUUUUUUUUUCCCCUCAUUCUCAUGGACCAAGAAAUUCUUCUUAGUAAUCUUAUAUUUGUAUAUGUAACAUUCAUUGUGUUGUAUUUUUUAAAAAGAAAAAUGCCUUUAUAUUUUUUUUUCUUAUUUUAAACAGAUUAUUGCAUUUUUAAAGAUUUUGUUUUCUAUUUGCUUAUAAGACUUUAUUCAAUGUUUAGUUAGUCAUACAUUUUUUCUAUGAAUUUUUAAACCCAUUCAUUAGCCAACACCAAGUGUUGUAUUGAUGUAGUCAUAUCUAUUCUUUUCUGACGGAAUUCUUUGGACAUCCCAUUCUCAUCGGACUUGCUCUCAUGGCACCACAUUUCUACUAGAUUGAUCUUUUUACAGUUUUGAUUUGGUUUAUAUCAUUUUUUUUUUUUUUUACAAACUUAUUGGACGGAACUAUGACUCUACAAAGCAAUUGACUUUAUGAUUUCUGUGUUUUGUCUCUUGAUGAAAUGUGUGCUCUUUGCAUGAUUUUACUACUUUGGCAUUUAAAUGUAUAAUUUCAGCACUAACACAGUAUGGUUUGGCUGUUUUAGAACCUUGUACAGAGAACAGAAGCAAUAGUCCAGAUUAUUUAUUAAUGGUGAUGUUUUCUAUUUCAACUUUAUAUCCAGCUUAUCAUUAUCAGUCUAUUCAGAAAGGAGGGAUCAUUUAGGGAAGAAUGAAGUAGGGUUACCUUUGAAAGGGGGGGGGGGGGGCUAAUCAUUUUGACAUAGGGGAAGGGGAUAUAGGUGUGGGUUCAGUCAAACAUGGAGGCACCGCUCAACUUGUUAGUCUACUGUGUGUGGCACUGGCAUUAAACUACCCUUCAAACAUUGUUGCUGUCUCUAGCGACAGUGUAUGUGUGCCUUGUACUGCCCAUUAUUUUUUUUUUUUAAGACAGAAAUUUGUCCUACUAAAACAAAACACUAACCCAUGAUUGUGUAUAUUGUUGAAAUGUAUGUAUAUAUUUGUAUCAUAGCCAUUUGUUGAUUCCAAGUCUGUAUCACUUCCUAUGUAUAGUGACAUUUCAUCCUAACAUCCUCCUGGUCUAUCAUGGCACAUGGAUCAGUUUGUUUUAUCAUACCAUACUAAAGAGUCACAUUUCCCAGAUUUGUAUAUAGCCUGCACACAGAGAUUUCAUCUCAUUUAUCAAUAGAUGUCUGAUUGCUGCUUAAGACUAUUUAUAUCAAAUAGGAUGAUAUAUUUAUAUUAAAAUAUGAAGUCAAGAAUGUGUUAUAUAAUUCUGAGUUUCAAUAAACUGACACCUCCAGUCUGACAAGAUUUUUGUUAUUUAUGUCAAUCAUUGUUAAUAGAGCUUAUCCCUCAGACAGGAUUAGAACUGAGUUUGUAAAACUAAUACUUCAUAGCUUAAAAAAAAAUCACUGAAAGAGGUCUUUCCAGUGACAUAUUAUUACAAAGGUUAAGAAAUUAACAGUAAAUGAACACAUUAAGCUAUUAUUUCAAUUUGUCCUAAAAGAAAAAAAUUCUUUAGAUUUCCCAUAGUGACAUUACUUUUAAGUUUAUGAUUAUAAAUUCUUUUUUUUUUAUGUUUAGAAAUAAGGUAUUGGCUUAAGACCAUUGAAAUUAUGCAGUUUUAGUAACAUAACUAAAAAAUGAAAAUUUAAUAUAAAAAUAAUCAGUGUAAACUAAAUCAUUUUGUCCUCAGGGGCCUUAAGAUUAAUAGAGCUGUUCAAAAAUUACUGACAACACUAUUUGAAAGUCUUGAUAUGGGACCUUUUAAAAGGCAAAGUGAAUCUAAUUCCUCUCUACACAAUAAUACUUUGAGUUAGUUGUAGCUAUAAAAUGUUUCAAUACUGCUGGUCAGGAUGAUAGACGUAGAUAUGUGAAACAACUGAAAAGUUCUUCUGGCCUAUUUAUUUGUUACAAAUGAUCAUCCUCAUUGACAAUACAGUAAGAUUAGAAAUGUAUUGAAUGCAUUAUUUAUUUGUAUCUAUUGAUCCCCCUUCCAAGACAGUGUGAUGAUCAUCACAUUCCAUUGUGUAAGUCUCCCCUAGAAAAAAACAACCAAAUUUGUAGUCUAAAACACAAUAUUACAACAAAAUGGCAUUGACAUAUGAACUACUCAAAUGUUGAAAUGUGAAUUAUCUAGAGAAAUACUUCAGUUUGGUUUGCUAGAAUGAAGAAACAGCACAAGUAAUUCUAGUUCAAAGCACAGGAGUUCAAUACUUUUCUUGCAUCAUGUUUACAUUUUUUUCUUUUAAUUUUUUGUUUUGUUUUUAGCUUUAAUUUUCCACUUCAAUUUUGUUGGCAUGACAUUUUAAUUUUAUUUUGUGUUUGGGCUACAGAUGUUUGUUUACUCAUGGAUGUAAAUACAUAUGUUUCCAGUGUGUAUCAGCUUGAGUAGUUUUUUAUUUUUUUUAUUUUAGCUUUUGGAUUUACAUCCUGUAGAUUAGUAUUAAUUUCAUUCUUCUAUUUUAAUUGAAACAUAUUUUACUAAGUGAAUAGUUUCUAUCUGAUGGUGCCCAUGAAGUCAGUGUAGCAAAUUUCUAGUUUAUAUUGUAAAAAAGCACACAAAAAAAAAAAAAACAGAUGGUUUAUGCUAGAAUGAAUUUUCAAGAGUGCUUUCUAGAUAGAAAAUUGUUUCUUUGUGACCUGACAUUUUCUUUUUAGAUUUUUCAUGAUCCCAACCUAUUAAAGUUAAAAUGAUGUACCAAACUCCAAUUCCUGCAUUUGUAAUUUUUUUUCAACUUUAUUAAAAUUACGUCAUGAAACUACUUAUUGAAUGACACCUAUUGGGUAUUAUUCUGGGCUGAUUUCAUAUAUCAAAUGUCAAAUACAUUAAUCUGUAGAAAUAUCAGACUGAAUUCCAUGGAGUUUAGAAUAUUUACUGAAGAAAUGUGUGUGUACUUAACUUUUAUAGCUAACAUACUUAUCAAUGGACAAUUGGAGGUAAGCCCUCAACAUUGCUUAGACCUAUUUGUAUUAAUUCUUGACACACAAGCUAUAUCAGUAUCAAGCAUAUGCUGAAGUUAAGAUAUCUUUUUUCUGAAGGUAAAACAAAAGAAUUUUGUCCAGGUAAACCUAAUGUUAUUGUUUUUACUAAUGGUAUUUCAUGCUUUUAAAUAUAUCUGUUUGCAUAAAUCGGGUACAUAUGUCUAUUGUAUAUAUUUCUGAUCCAUUUGUUUUAUAUUGUAACACUUUUUGACUAUUUAAUGGAUAUUAAUAAUCUUUGUUCAAAUAUUGCAAUGUGCUUUUUUUUUUCCCACUUGUGCAACACCAAUUAAGAAUAUAGUCUUUCCAUUUUGGACACUAUUGAUCCAAUGUUAUUGUGUGUGUGUGUGUGUGUGUACGUCAUAUUGUAUAGACAGUUCAACUUAAAACUGGUUUAUAUUGUGCUCAUUUAGGAUGGGUUCAAGUGUUUUAGUUAUAUUAGCAUCCAAUAACCUGUUAAUUAACAUCUUUUUUUUUUUACUUUUGACAGUUACCAUUUUAUUGUUUACACACAGUUACAAAUUAUAUUUAACCAGACUUGUCUUUUUUUUUAAAAAAGAAUUUAAUAAUAAACAUAUAUAACAGAACUAGAGUUUGCUUUGCAUUAACAGUGAUAAUUGUGAUCCAUGCCAAUAUACAAGUUGUUCUUUAUAGCCUUUAUUGAAUCCCUCUGUACAAUAUAUAUAUAUAUCCUGACAGUUGAUUGAUAAUGUCUACUCAGAUGUAUGGAAUAUGUUUUUGAUGUGCAUGCAAAUUGGCAAUAACCAUAUUACUGUCAUCCUUAAAGACUCCUCAUUAUGCUCAUCUCUUAGACUAUUUGUAAGAAAGAUACAACACUUUUUGGAAUGGAUUUUCUUUAAAAACCAUGUAAUUGUAGUCCAUUGGUUUUUCUUUUGCAAUUUUUUUUCGUGCAUUUGCUAUAAUUAUAUAUAUAUAUCAAUAUUCUAAAUAUAUCUGUGUUGUUGGCAGUUAUUAUGUAUAAAUAAAUUAACAUUACUCUAAUAGUAGUCAUUGUUUCUCCCCCCUUUCCCCAUCACUUGGUUUCUGAUGGUAUUUUUUUUUAUUCACAGAACAAAACUAUCACUAUUUUGUCAUUAGACAUUUCUUGGUUGAGGUGAACUUGUUUACUAUUGUAUUCAACUACAUUGGUUUGAAACCAGGGGCCUUAAGCUUUGAUGUUAACAGUAAGGAAGUCAUGUACCAGAAAACACAUUCUUUUGAUUCCCUGAUCUAGUCAGUCUACAGCCACAUACAAAGCUGCUGUAAAUCAAUAUGUAAAGAGUCAAAACUGAGUUUAAAGUCAAGUCUGUUUUAAAGACUUCAUAUCCUUCAGUCAAAAAUUGUUUCUUCUUGAGAACUCUAGAAAUGAUAGGAGUGCUAUCUUAUCCUGAACUGGUUAGCAAAAUGUCUACUAGUAAACUAAUGCAGUAUUUAUGUAAUCAGACUUGGGUGAAUCAUUUUUUUUUUAAAUUAGAUGUUCUGUUUGGUCUUGUAUUUUUUUGUUUUAUAAUGAACUGAAUAUAUUUUUUUGUUCCAUUUCUAAAUCAAUUUCUUUUCUUUGUGUAGUGAUAGUGUAACAUUUUAUUUUUUGUGUCAGUGUAGUGCAGUGUACCAUCUUUCACUCAACUAGAUAUAUUUAUUCUCUAGUUGAUUGCACUCUCCAGUUUGUAUUUUGUUCACUCCUCUUGAACUUUCGGCAUUUUUUGUUUGAAUGGGAGAGAUCUAGUUGAAAACAAUCUCCACACUCCCUACCUUCCCAAUGUUGUAUUUGUGUGUUUGGACAUCUGUGUGUGUGUGCCAUCAUGUUAGAGAAUUGAAACAGUUUGGGAUCAAAGUAUAAAAAAAACACAAAUAAAAACAAUAUUCUUGAUCAACAAA